CUGCCCAAUGACAGUGCAGGAUGCUGAGACUGGUGUGAAUGGAGGCUGGAAGACGCUGCUGUCUCUGGAUGGUGAUGGAGAGGAAUUAAUGGUAGAAAAAGAUCUGUCGACGUCGAGUCCCUUCCCCCACACUGGCAUGCAGUGAGUCGCCCAUGUGUGUCACAGAGUGAGGGUGCACUGUGAUCGUUGCAGCGUGCCCCUGGUAAGGACCCCGUGGCGAGCGUCCGGCCGGCCCAGGCCACACCUCCCACACCCAGGACAUGUACGGCAGUGCCAGAGCGGUCGGCCACAUCGAGAGCAGCCCUGCACGGUCCCCGCGCCUGCCUAGGUCCCCCAGGCUGGGCCACCGGAGGGCCAACAGUGGGGGCGGGGGCAGUGGAGGGGGCAAGACGCUCUCCAUGGAGAACAUCCAGUCACUGAACGCUGCCUACGCCACGUCCGGACCAAUGUACCUGAGCGACCACGAGGGAGUGGGCUCAACCGCCACCUACCCUAAGGGCACCAUGACGCUGGGGCGCGCCUCCAACCGGGCCAUGUACGGGGGCCGUGUCACGGCCAUGGGCAGCAGCCCCAACAUUGCCUCGGUGGGGCUGGGCCACCACGCUGACCUGCUGUCCUACAGCGACCUGGGCUCCCUGUCCAUGCUGCAGCACCACCACCACCACACCCAGGGGGUGCCGUCGGCUCUGCUGCGGCAGGCGGUGCGAGGCAGUGGGGGGGAGCUGCUGGAGAUGCAGGCCACGCUCCGGGACAUGCAGCGGGAGAACGACCUGCUGAGGAGAGAGCUGGACCUGAAGGACAGCAAGCUGGGCUCGUCCACCAACAGCAUCAAGAGCUUCUGGAGCCCCGAGCUGAAGAAGGAGAGGAUGAUACGUAAGGAGGAGGCGGCGCGCACCUCCGUCCUCAAGGAGCAGAUGAGGGUGACUCACGAGGAGAACCAGCACCUGCAGCUGACCAUCCAGGCCCUACAGGACGAGCUGCGGAACCAGAGGGACCUGAACCACCUGCUGCAGCAGGAGAACGGCGGCCGCUCUGGGGACCACUACACCAACAUCGAGCUGACCGAGGAGAACUUCAGACGGCUACAGGCCGAGCACGACCGCCAGGCCAAAGAGCUGUUCCUCCUGAGGAAGACCUUGGAGGAGAUGGAGCUGCGGAUCGAGACCCAGAAGCAGACGCUGGGGGCCAGGGAUGAGUCCAUCAAGAAGCUGCUGGAGAUGCUCCAGAGUAAGGGUCUGCCUGGGGGGCCAGGGAGGGUCAAUGAGGAGGAGGAGCAGGAGAGAGCCAGGCGCAUUGCUGAGGCCGAGGCUCAGCUGGGACACCUGGAGGUCAUCUUGGACCAGAAGGAGAAGGAGAACAUCCACCUCCGAGAGGAACUGCACAGGAGAAACCAGAUGCACCAGGACCCUGGCAAAACCAAAGCCCUCCAGACCAUCAUAGAGAUGAAGGACACCAAGAUAGCAUCUCUGGAGCGCAACAUCAGGGACCUGGAGGAUGAGAUCCAGAUCCUGAAGGCUAACGGCUUGCUGAACACCGAGGACAGAGAGGAGGAGAUCAAGCAGAUGGAGGUCUACAAAAACCACUCCAAGUUUAUGAAGACCAAGAUUGACCAGCUGAAGCAGGAGCUGUCUAAGAAGGAGUCUGAGCUGCUGGCCCUGCAGACCAAGCUGGAGACCCUGAACAACCAGAACUCGGACUGCAAACAGCACAUAGAGGUGCUCAAAGAGUCCCUCACUGCCAAGGAGCAGCGCGCUGCCAUUCUGCAGACAGAGGUGGACGCCCUGCGCUUGCGUCUGGAGGAGAAGGAGUCCUUCCUGAACAAGAAGACCAAGCAGCUGCAGGACCUGACAGAAGAGAAGGGCACACUAGCUGGAGAGAUUCGUGACAUGAAGGACAUGCUGGAGGUCAAGGAGAGGAAGAUCAACGUCCUGCAGAAGAAGAUUGAGAAUCUGCAGGAGCAGCUGCGUGAUAAGGACAAGCAGCUGGGGAACCUGAAGGACAGGGUGAAGUCUCUACAGACUGACUCCAGUAACACUGACACGGCCCUGGCCACCCUGGAGGAGGCACUCUCUGAAAAGGAGCGUAUUAUAGAGAGACUGAAGGAGCAGAGAGCGAGGGAGGACAACGAGAGGAUGGAUGAGGUGGAGUCCUAUAAGAAGGAGAACAAGGACCUCAAGGAGAAGGUCAACACCCUGCAGCUGGAAUUAACAGAGAAGGAGUCCAGUCUCAUUGACCUAAAGGAGCACGCCUCCUCCCUGGCCUCCUCCAGCCUGAAGAAGGAGUCCAAGCUCAAGUCUCUGGAGAUGGCCAUCGAGCAGAAGAAAGAGGAGUGUAGUAAGUUGGAGACACAGUUACAGAAGCAAGCAGAGCAGCUGUUCAGUCAGAUGAACAACCCUAAGGCCCAUGAGGUCCAUGAGGUCCAGCAGCAGCAGCAGGUGGGGCUGGGCUCCAGGGGGAACCCAGAUUAUGUGGACCGGGAGCGGGAGCAGCGGGUCAAGCUCCUGGAGAAGGAGGUGUCCUACUACAAGGAGGAGUCUGGCAAGGCCCAGGCUGAGGUGGAGAGGCUACUAACCAUCCUCCGAGAGGUGGAGACUGAGAAGAACGACAAGGACAAGAAGAUCGCCGAGCUGGAAAGCCCCCCUCACUCUGCCCCUGUCCCUCGCCCCGGCCUCGGCCCUGUCCCUCGCCACGGUCCCGGUGGCAGAGCCCCCCCUGACCCACUCCCCCCUGUGUCCUCCGCUGCCCCUGCUGCUGCCCCCCAGCAGAUAGGGGGAAUGGUGUGGGAUUUCCUGGGAAACCUAGCUCCCAGGCAGGCCAAGGAGCAGGUUACUAAAAAGGGGGGCCCCAACCUCAAACUGGGCCCCCAGGGGGACAAGAAGCCUGGUCAGAUAAUGGGGGAUCCUCGAAAGGACAACACCAUGGACCCAGCCCAGCAUGUAAAGCUGGAGGAGAUGAUGAACACCCUGGAGAGGACCAGACAGGAGCUGGACGCCACCAAGCAGCGCCUCUCGUCUACCCAGCAGUCCCUGCAGGAGAGGGACGGUCACCUGACAAACAUGAGGCAGGAGCGCAGGAAACAGCUAGAGGAGAUCCUGGAGAUGAAGCAACAGGCCCUGCUGGCAGCGAUCAGUGAGAAGGACGCUAACAUCGCUCUGCUAGAGCUGUCUGCCUCUGGGAAGAAGAAGACCCAGGAAGAGGUUUUGGCUCUGAAGAGGGAGAAGGACAGAUUGAUGCACCAGCUCAAACAGCAGACACAGAGCAGGAUGAAGCUGAUUGCAGACAACUAUGAAGACGACCACUACCACCCCCAUCCUCCCCACCACCCACACCACCGCGGAGGACCAGGGCCUGCCAGAGGACCCACCCAUGCCGGCCAUCGCCCCUCCCCUGACCAGGAUGACGAGGAGGGCAUUUGGGCGUAAUCGUGUCCAUGACAACCAAAGCUCUGAUUUUGUUCUGAGGGUUACUAUUGGAGGAGCACAGCCAUGCCAUGAUGCUGAAAUACAUUGACUACCUACCAACCUUUUGUUACCACCACACAAUCCACACUUCAAAAUGGGGCCUUUAUUUUUAUUUUUUACUGAGGAUGAGGAUAAAGAGGAGGAGGAGGAGGAGGAGGGAUGAAGCAGGUGGGAGGGCCAGACGAGGAGACUGACAGUUGAGAUGAUUGAGGAGCCAUCAUGUGAAGAGGGGCAGAUGCAGCACUCUACAGACAUUGGAGACACUGGCCAGCUCUUUGAGAGUGACUCUGGGGAGGAGGAGUCUUCCUACAGACACAUAGGUGUUGUCUGUGAAGUUAGACUGGGUUGGACAGACUGGGUCCCACUCAGACAGGCAUCUGAGCUCUGGUCUCAGCUCUGUGGUUCUGCUCACACAGCCACUCUGGCACAGUUGUCAAGCUGCUCAGCUCACCUGUCUGUCACCUGCUGGCCCUACAGAGCGCCGCCUGCUCUAAUAAGACUAGCUGCACCCCCUCACCCACCUGGCUAAGAUCUAACGACUGGCUCUGCCCUGUUUACAUUAGGUGCGUUCAGUUCGCUUGAACAUUUGCUACGUUGCGGAACGGUUUGUACUGAACAAACAUUCUUGUACGUUCUUGAACAGACUUUGAGGUACAUUUCCUCCCGUUUGGUGGGUAUGGCGGGGUGUGGCUUGAAGCAAUGAGUGACAUAUUUAAAGGGCAGUGGCCAUGCUGACAGCAUUCCCCAACCCACAACCCAACCCCUCCCCGCUUUUCAACUGGUCAUUCAGUACAGCACCGUUUCCGUUCAAUUGAACGUUCCAGAACGUAAAAACGUACUGAACCCUGGCUUGCUCCCCCGUUCUCACCAACCUGCGUCUAAUUGGUUCACUCUCCUGGCUCCGCCUUGCUUACCUGAGCUUUCUACCUGAUUGGUUCCUCUGUAUCAACAGUCCUUUCUCUGAUUGGUUCACCUGACUAGCUCUGCCCUGUUUACCUGAUUUGCCCCACCCUGCUGACCCCCGGCUGGCUGUGAUUGGCUGACAGUCUUGCACAGCAGCUUCACAAUGCUUCUUUUACUAUGUUUUUUUUUGUUUUUUUUGCCUGCUCUCUUCCCGCAUAUUUAAUGAAGUGCCAUACAGUUACAGCUUUAGUUUACAUUUACAUAUGCGUUAACAGCUAACCUAUUUCAGAGGAAGUAAUUUUGCUGUGUCUCUAAAAGCGAAGUUGUGCUACUUAUUUUUAUGUUCUAAUCUGUUGAGUGUGUUUCAUUUGCAGUGCUUGACUAUGGUUAUGAGUGCUUUGUGUUAAGGCUAUCAGAACAAGGAAGAGGAAGAGCUCUUAUCUGACCAAUGGGCAGCCACUAGAGCUCUUAUCUGACCAAUGGGCAGCCACUGGCCUUGCCUCGAGUACUGAAGGUUUCCUUGUGCCGUUAAUGUGCUGUCUGGCAUGGCCUUAUGGGCAGGGCCCUGUACUGGGGGUGUCGCAGGGCCUUUGGGCUUAGGGCUGCCAUCUGUGUAUCUCUCCUGUUACCUCGGUUGAUAACCAGAUGCAGUCAGAACUCCAAUCUAUGCAGACGUCAGAACUAAUAAUGCCAUUUUGAAUCCAGUCAUGAGUCAAGGGCACCAAUCAAAAAGCGUUUAGAUGUAUUAAAGCAGCACGAGUACCAAUCAGAAUGGUCUAUUCAGAACAUACACCAAUCAGAUUCCGUUGUUAUGAUGUGUUUCUCAGCAUAAUAUGCACCUAUGCACCUCCUCCUCCCCUGUUGCAGGGAUACUUCUAAUGGUGCUUUUAGAUCACUGGUGCUCACACAACAUGGUGUCCAACCAGAGAAACAGCUGAGAGACAUGGCCACUGGACAUUGUGCAUCCAUGUUAUUCAAUAGGGAGUUUAUCCCAAAACCUGGUGUGCUUAUAAACUGUAGAAGACUGUGUUGUACAUAGGAUCAGCUGGAGAGACUCUGAGAAAAUGGUACAAGGAGGGUAUAGAUUUUAUACGUUUAAUGACAUCCAUGGACACCCAGGUGUAUGAGAUUUCCUGCCUUUACAGCCCUCUCUCCUGCUCAUUGACUCCCUUCUUCUUCUUCUUCUUCUUCUUCUUCUUCUUCUUCUUCUUCUUCUUCUUCUUCUUCUUCUUCUUCUUCUUCU